AGAGACUCUUUUCUCACCAUAGCAAGAACGUCUUAUACUCUUAAAAAUACUCUAUCAAACUCCAGCCAUGAAAGAAAAAAACCAAAACAUAGAUCCGGCCUGCCAAAAAAUAAAUGUAUCAUGGUUGGACAGGUUGUCCAUGGAAAUUCAAGCUAUUGCUGAAAAUGGAUUAUGUAUUCUUUUCGGGAGCUGCAUCCUAUUUUUCUUUUUGAUGUUUCUGUGGAUUGCGGAGUGCUGGAUGUUUUUUACAUAUUUUCCAAUCAAGAUCGAUAACAAAUCGAUGAAGUUGAUGGUUGUGUCCACCUUGUGUUUGUUGGCUUUUGCCGGACAAUUGGCGAUCUUUGAAAAGUGCUUAUGCACGAUAGUCAGAAACCUCCCUGUGAUAGAUUGGGAAGAGGAGAUGAGCCGCAAAUACGGCAGGAGCCUGGACAAGGAUAAGCCUACGCUUGACCUGAAUGUCGUCAUAAAAAGAUUCGCCUGGCAAAAAAUACUCAAGAAAGCCCCUAAAGACGUCAGGGACUAUUUGGUCAUGCAGGAAAACCGCUUCUAUUGUGAUGUGGAUACCACGGUCCUGACCUUUGACCACAAGGUCACCAAGUUUUCUCCCAAGGUGGAGGACAAAACUGGGCACAAAACCUUCAUCAUGGAAACCGAAAAAUCAGGCGCACAAUGGGUGAAGCUAUUCUCAAGUUACUAUGACAACAAAGCUGAGAGAAUACAAUCUCACACUUUUAAAGGAUCACGUGACACGACGUCCUGGGUGAAGGUGGCCCUUGAACAAUAUUACAAGGUCGACCGACAGGUAUUUCUGAAGUUAAACCUUCCUGAAACCGAGCAUUGUUUGGAAGGGAAAAAAGAUAAUACCCUGUUUCUAUUUUCGGACAAAGACAUGGUUUUCAAAGAAAUUCGCACCUGGAAUGUGGAGUCACAGGUUGAAGUUGAGCCAUCGUCUCGAGCCCAUGCUCAGCUGUUAGCGAGACGAGAGCGCUCUACAUAUGACUUUGAGAUUCGAACCACUUUGUCCAACCCUAAAGGAUUUGUCUGCGUUGACUUUAGUUUCAAAUACAAUGGUUUCUCAAUGAGGAUAAACGUGGAAAACUUACAUGAGGCUUUUCAGCUUGUUGAAGAUGGAGGAGUUCUAACACCUGAAGAAAAAGCAUGUGUGGAGGUGGUGGUGGAGAAGAUGCUGGACGAAGAUGGCGUGGAGCACUCGACCUCCUACCCCCAGAUCAUCACCCGGGGCACCUGUGUCUGUCUCAGCUGGACUGACCAGAAGGUGGACAUCACGACCAGUCCAUUGUCAAUGGACGAGUCCACUUCUGAUGUGGCCAACGUGACCUUGAGUCACUCUGAAGAGAACGCAAGCGAUAGAGCAUUUGUCUUCGUGGAUCAGCUGCUCACCACAAGAGCCAUAAUAUAAUAAGACCUGCUCAUAAUAUAUGCCGUCACAAAUAUAGAGUUUUAUAUCCUAAAGGUUAAUCCAUAACCCCCUUCUUACUUUGCUGUUUUCCACGAUCACAAUCCAACAUAUUUUUUUAAAAGAUUAAUUAUUUUUUUUAAUUACCUUCAAUAAAAACAAGCAGUUCAAUAUAUACAUUUUUUGUAUGCUAAACAAUUGACAGGCCGUCAUACACCACUGUAAGGGGGUGCACUAAUAAAAGAUAAUGUCAAGGUACAACCUAUAAAGUUACAAAAUGAAUGUAUUGUCAAAUAUUUUCCAAUUGAAUUAAAUAGAAAAAAUUAUUGCUGAAUCAACUGCAGAAAAUAAACAUUCAAUA